CCUCCAUUAGGAGUGAGUGGAUACUGCUGUACUGCAAUAAAUAAUCUAUUGUAUUAUUUUGGAGGAGCUUGUGGCCAUAGCAAUUGCUAUUACAACAGUAUUACACAACUGGAUACCGUUAGUCUUCAAUGGAGAGAAUUAGAACCAACUGAUGCAACUAGACCAGUUAUGAGGAGAAGUGGCAGUGGAAUGAUAUCAUUUGAACAUGAUGGAGUACACCAUUUACUAAUGAUAGGAGGAAAAAGGAUCUAAACCAGCUGUACAACUACUUCAUUAUGAAUAUAUUGAGUUAUAUGAUGGAGACUGGCGUACUAAUGAGCACUCAAGGUAUAAUCUAUCAUCAAGAAAAUGGAGUAAUCCUUCAAUCAUUGGUCAGUGUAUAUCACCUGCUGGUGGCUUUAUCAUUAAAAAGAUCAACAACACUAGAGCUGUUCUGUUUGGUGGACGAGUGACUAAUGAUGCUAAGGAUACUGUUACUAACAAUAUUUAUAUAUUAGAGAUAUCAAUCAGCACUGUGUUCUGGCAGUGUAUAAGGAAACCUGAAGCAAUAGACCAAUGGCCUGUGGGUAGAUGCUAUCAUGCAGGUGCUAUUAUUGUAACUGGAUCAGACUGUCCUAUGCUAGUGAUAAGUGGUGGGCUGGAUAAGAAUAAAGAUACAUCAGAUGAUUGUUGGAUCUUUAACAUCACUCAACAUUCCUGGAUAAAGUUAGCUGUACCUCACUCUGUUAGUAAGAGAUGGGGUCAUUCUCUCUCAGUGUUCAUUAUGAGUCCUCAUUGUGUCUGGAUAAUAACUGUUGGUGGAUUUGUUGAUGAGAGUUUGACACUAGUCACUGAUCCUAACAUUGCUACGGUAACUGAACUAGUUCUGAACAGUAAAGGAGAGUGGACAGUAGGUGAUACAUUGGAUACCAAUGAAAUGACUGGUGAGUACUACAAGAGGAAGUAUCAGCAGGAACUACAGACAGGAAGAAGAAUAUGGUUGGAGGAGUACCAGAAACCAAGAAAAGGAGAUACAGCCGAUAUUGAGCAAACCGUACAAGCUCUUAUGAAGAGUCUGAAGAGAAGGAGAAGGAAAAGGAGAGAGAAACUAUUCACUUUAAUAUUAAACUAA